AUGCCAAAUGGGGCAGAGGCGGUGCUUCACAGUACGAACAGGUUUCUCAACUCCUUUCAUGCAGAUGGUUCCUUGGCCUUGCUUACUGUGGACUUCUCUAAUGCUUUCAACACAGUCGACCGCACAGCCUUCCUCCAAGAGGUUCAUCAGCGUUGCCCGUCAAUCUAUCGGUGGGUCCAAUUUCUUUACGACCAGCCUACUAGGUUGUAUGUUGGUAACGAGUGUAUUGGGGCUACUACCGGAGUGCAACAAGGAGAUCCCUUGGGGCCCCUUCUUUUUGCCCUUGCCUUACACCCUCUUAUUCUCUGGGUUCAGAACCGUUGUAACCUCCUGUUUCAUGCUUGGUACUUGGAUGAUGGGACAAUUAUCGGCAACGCGUCUGAGGUUGCUAAGGCAUUAGACAUCAUCACCGAGGAGGGGCCAUCUCUGGGGCUUUAUCUCAACAUUAAGAAAACAGAGGAUUUUUGGCCGACAUGCGAUGGGCUGAAAAGUCAGGAUGAGCUUUUCCCGAGAGGGAUUGGUAGACCACAGAGAGGGGUUAAACUCCUUGGUGGAGCUGUUAGCCGUGAUCCUAGCUUUAUUGAGGAGUUGGCAGGGCGGCGAGCCUCGGGGGCGGUUGAGCUCAUGAAACUCUUGCCCUGCCUUAGGGAUCCCCAAUGUGAACUCCUUCUGCUAAGGUCGUGCAUGGGGGUUGCUAAGUUACUUUUUGGGUUGCAGACUUGUCAACCCCAUUUGAUGGAAGAUGCGAUAUUUCGGUUCGAUGAUGGCCUCAAGGAGGCUAUAGAAGACAUAGUCGUGGGUGGCGGCCCCUUCUUUGGUGACCUCCAGUGGCGUCUGGCAUCUCUGCCAUUGCGCCUCGGUGGGUUGGGCCUUCUUUCAGCUCGAGAUGUUGGGGCUUAUGCCUUUGUAGCGUCUAGGGCUCAGUCUUGGGAACUACAGGAUCAUAUCCUUUGA